CCAUUUUCCUAUAUCUUAGAUAUUUUUAUAACUAGAGAAAUGGCUUGUGAGAUAAAAACAUGGUUUGGUUUGUUUCUUGUUCUCUUGGCUGCAUGCCACAUGCAGCACUGUGUUAACUCGUCUCAAGUACCUUGCCUCUUCAUAUUUGGGGACUCAUUUUCUGACAGUGGAAAUAAUAACUAUAUUGACACCGUUGCAAAGUCAGAUUACUUGCCUUUCGGUAUCGACUUUCCAACAGGACCAACUGGAAGAGCUACCAAUGGAAGAACCAAAGCUGACAUAAUUGGCGAACUACUUGGAUUUGAGAAAUUUAUCCCACCUUUCGCAAAUACCACUGGUUAUGACAUACUAAAAGGUGUUAACUAUGCAUCUAGUUCGGGUGGAAUUCGUUAUGAGACUGGCAAAAAAACAGCGAUUAAUAAUAUCUACUUGGGAUUACAGUUACAAAAUCACAAAAUCAUAGUAUCCAGAAUUGUUGCCAAGCUUGGUGGUUUGUCACAAGCCAAAGAUCAUCUAUCAAAGUGCUUGUAUUAUGUUUAUAUAGGCACCAAUGAUUAUGCAUUAAACUAUUUCCAGCCACAAUAUUACUCAACAAGUAAAACUUAUACCCCCGAACAAUAUGCUCAAGUUCUUAUAGACCAAUUAUCCACUUAUCUACAGGCUUUGCAUAAAAAUUAUGCAAGAAAACUGAUCCUAGUUGGGCUGGAUAAAAUAGGUUGUGCUCCACUUUCCAUUAUUGAUGAAGGAAAACCUGGAUGUGUUGAAAAACAGAAUGCUGCUGCAUUAAUAUUUAGUCAGAAGCUUAAAAAUCUUGUGAAUGACUUCAAUGCUCUACUUAUUUAUUCCAAAACUAUCUUCAUAAAUACUACUGCUGUCGCCCUAGACAACUCAACUGGUUUUACCGUUACAAAUGUUUCAUGUUGUAUAACGAAGGGUAAUGGAUUUUGUUUUCCUGAUUCAAUACCAUGCUUUAAUAGGAAUGAAUAUGUUUAUUUUGAUGGAAUUCAUCCCACAGAAGCUGCGAACAAUCUUGUUGCAUUAGCUUCGUAUGAUAGUAGUUACUAUGGAAAUGUGACUCAUCCAAUUGAUAUCAACCAACUUGCUCAGUUAAUUACUGGAAAACAGACUUAGUCUGAAUGGUGUCUUUAAAUAAGCCCAUGUGUAUGCUAUAAGCAGUCGUAUUUCUAUUCAGUCAAUAAGCAAUCAUAUUGCACAAGAAUAAAUUAGGAUUGAUGUCCUAGUCUCUAAUGUUGUCUUGAUGGCUUGGUUUGAUGUUGGAACUAUUUCCCUUUCAUUGUAAUAUGGUUAUUAUCCUUUCCCUUUUAUGGUUAUUUUUCAUAAUAUGGUUAUUUCCCUUUCCCUUUUAUUUUAUUUUUCAUAAUUGA